CCAGAGCCCAACCCACGGGCCGGGUGGGGGGCUCCCGGCGGGAACCGGGUGGCCAAAGCCCGGCCCUGGUCUCCACGUUAAGCGCCGGGCAAGAUCUCCCGAGAGCCCUCCUCAUUUUCUCCCUUUGCAAGGCCUAAUGGGAGUUGUAGUUCAGCCGUAGGAAGACCUGCUCGGCCCAGACCCUUUCUUCGUUUCGUCUACGCCCCGAAUGAGGGCGAAGACUCGGGAUCGCGGGGCCGGGCCCAGAGAACGCCGAACUACAAUUCCCUAUGGACCCGAGAUUCCAGUACGCAAUCACAGGUGAUGCCAUGGAGAAUGGAAAACCUGGUCCAGUGCAGGUUGUUUUGGUUCAUAAAGAGCAACAUUCCUUUGAGCUAGAAGAGAGAGCCUUGGCCAGCAUCCUCCUCCAAGACCAUAUCCGAGAUCUUGAUGUGGUGGUAGUAUCAGUGGCUGGUGCUUUUCGAAAAGGCAAAUCUUUCAUUCUGGACUUCAUGCUGCGAUACUUAUAUUCUCAGAAGGAAGGUGGUCAUUCAAAUUGGUUGGGUGACCCAGAAGAACCACUGACAGGAUUUUCAUGGCGAGGAGGCUCUGAUCCAGAAACUACUGGGAUUCAGAUGUGGAGUGAAGUUUUCACUGUGAAGAAGCCAUGUGGGAAAAAGGUUGCAGUUGUUCUGAUGGAUACCCAGGGGGCCUUUGAUAGCCAGUCAACUGUGAAAGAUUGUGCUACCAUUUUUGCGCUAAGCACUAUGACUAGUUCUGUUCAGAUUUACAAUUUGUCCCAGAAUAUUCAGGAAGAUGAUCUUCAGCAGCUUCAGCUCUUCACAGAAUAUGGCCGUCUGGCAAUGGAUGAAAUUUUCCAAAAACCUUUCCAGACACUGAUGUUUUUGAUUCGAGAUUGGAGUUUCCCUUAUGAAUAUAACUAUGGGCUGCAAGGAGGAAUGGCAUUUUUGGAUAAGCGUUUACAGGUGAAGGAACAUCAACAUGAAGAAAUUCAGAACGUUCGAAAUCAUAUUCACUCAUGUUUCUCCGAUGUCACCUGUUUUCUCUUACCACAUCCAGGGCUCCAGGUGGCCACAAGCCCUGAGUUUGAUGGAAAAUUGAAAGAUAUUGCUAGUGAAUUCAAAGAGCAGUUACAGGCUCUAAUACCGUAUGUACUAAAUCCAUCUAAAUUAAUGGAGAAGGAGAUCAAUGGUUCAAAAGUCACCUGCCGGGGACUGUUGGAAUAUUUUAAGGCAUAUAUUAAAAUUUACCAAGGAGAAGAUCUGCCUCACCCAAAAUCCAUGCUUCAGGCCACUGCUGAAGCCAACAAUUUGGCAGCUGCAGCCUCUGCCAAAGAUAUUUAUUACAACAACAUGGAAGAGAUUUGUGGGGGAGAGAAACCUUAUUUGUCUCCAGACAUUUUAGAAGAGAAGCACCAAGAAUCCAAACAACUUGCUCUGGACCACUUUAAGAAGACCAAAAAGAUGGGUGGGAAGGAUUUCAGCUUCCGUUACCAGCAGGAGCUGGAGGAGGAAAUCAAAGAACUGUAUGAGAACUUCUGCAAGCACAAUGGCAGCAAGAAUGUCUUCAGUACCUUCCGAACCCCUGCAGUUCUGUUCACAGGCAUCGCAGCAUUGUACAUAGCCUCGGGCAUCACUGGCUUCAUUGGGCUUGAGGUUGUGGCCCAGCUGUUCAACUGUAUGGUUGGACUGCUGUUAAUAGCACUCCUUACCUGGGGCUACAUCAGAUAUUCCGGGCAGUAUCGUGAGCUGGGAGGAGCUAUUGACUCCGGUGCAGCAUAUGUGUUAGAGCAGGCUUCUUCUCAUAUUGGUAAUUCUACUCAGGCUGCAGUAAGGGAUGCUGUCGUUGGGAGACCAUCUGCUGAUAAAAAGUCGCAAUAGCAUCUUAAUGAGAAGAUCCAACAAGAGCCCAGUCAGCUUCUGGAUCUCUGCCAAUGCCAUCAUCACGGGUCCAUUUCCAGAGGAAUGGCAGAUCUGAGACCAUCCUGGGAGAUCUGAGAUGGCACUGUAAUAAAUGAACUGACCUCUGCUAUGGUUUCCAAUUCCACUUGUUGUGGAAGCAGUUCUUUUUCUUGCUGUUACAGACUCAAGGCUACUCUUUUCUCUAUUCUCUGCUUUUUGCACUUUAAGGGGUGGGGGUGGGGGCUAAAAGGAAAACAGGAAUGCAGCUUUUAAGCCUUUGAUGUGCCACAUAGUGCCUUUUAAGACCAGUACAUCCCUCUGCAGCCAUGAAGGCUAAGGAAUGGAGGACAACCUCAUGAAUUGUAUGGUUUUGGAUCAAGUUCUCUUUUGGAUUUUGGAUUUUAGUUCUUUUGUAUCUUUGAAGAUUUGUCUUUUAAAAAGUUUACAUAACUUGAAAAAGGCUCAGAACAAAAGGCCCACUGAAAUGAUGCUUAUUAUUCUUUAAAAAAAUUCCCCUAGUACUGGUGAUUAAACCUAUUGCCUGAAUAUGCUAAGCAAUUGCUCUGCCCUGCAGCUGUCCCCCAGCCCGCUUGACUAUGCAGACUCAGGUCUUGAAAUUACUCUGUUCCAGGUGGCUGUGAGCUUCCCAUCGUCCUCCUCUCUUCCCUGUCUUCUUGAGUAGUUGAAUACAGAUUUGUGGUACCAUCCUUGCUUCAAGAAUUUAUAUGAAAGCCAGGCAGUGGUGGCACACGCCUUUAAUCUCCGCACUUGGGAGGCAGAGGCAGGUGGAUUUCUGAGUUUGAGGCCAGCCUGGUCUACAGAAGAAUUUAUAUGAAUUCUUUUUGCUAUGCAGCAUGAAUGAGUUAAAUUACUUAAUCUGUUUCAGAUUGUAAGUUCUUAUACCAAGUAGGCUGGCAGUUUUGUUGAACUUGCUUUUUUAUUUUUAUUUCUAUAGCUUCUUUCUAGAAAAGAGGCAAACUAUUCUUUAAAAGUCAGUGGUUCAUAAUAAAAGGAAUGAGCUAUAUAUUUCAUGGUAAAAUUGUAGUUGAAUGAACCAUGUAACCUCUGAGAAGUUACCUUGAAUUUGUGUCUUGGUGAGAUUCACUGUACAUUUAUGUCAGUCACAAAAAUAGUCAUUUUCAACAGAGAAAAGGCAUUACCAAAUACUAUUCCUUUUAAUUAAUGCUCACUUUCAUUUUGCUUAGUGGUAAUACCAAAUUAUCUGAUCUAAAGUCUUUACCUAAACUCUGUAGUGUGUGUGUGUGUGUGUGUGUGUGUGUGUGUGUGUUUGUUUGUGUCUGUGUGUCUGUCUGUCUGUCUCUCUCAUGGUGUUGCCAUAACAUAGACCAGGCUAGCCUUGAACUCAUAGAGAUACUUGUGCCUCUGUGUACCAUUAUACCUGCCCCCAAACUGCAUUUUGUUCUAUAUACUAUCUAAUGUUCAUAAUAUCAAAGCUAGUCUGUUGAUUUUUAUUUAGUAAACUUUCCUUUUUUCUUCUCCAUUGAAGAAGGAUGUAUACUCAGUCUAGCCAAACUAUUUAAAAUACUUCUUUAGCCAGGUGCCAUUAGCAUAUACCUUUAUUCCCAACAUUGGAGAAGCAGAGGCAGGUAGAUCAUCUCUGUGAGUUUGAGGCCAGCCUGGUCUACAGAAUAAAUUCCAGGAUGGCCAGGGCUACCAGAAAUCAAACAAAUUCCCUCUUAAUUAUUCUUCUGGUUAGACUAAUAGUUUUAAAAUAAUUGGCUUAGGAAGGCCAAUUGCUCAGACUCUAAAAUUUAUUUUUUUACAUUUACCUUGAUUAUGUGAUAAAGUUUUAUCUAUUGCUUUUUUCUUUGACUUGUAAUAGUGAAUUAUUAUGAACUUAAACCUUCUUAAAAUAUGCCUGAAGGUAGAGAAGCCUUAAUUUUUGAGAUAAUUUGAAUUUUGUUGCAGGAAGGAGAUACAGGUUUUUGGCAAAGCCUAGUGUAAAUUUUAUGUAUGUGGAGUAUGAAUGGAAGGUAGGAGAAAAUGCAUUUAAUUUUAUCACAACUUUCUUUUAGUAAUAGUUUUCCAGUUAAACAUUUAGCAAAUCCUGAAUUAAUAUUAAGCAUUUUACAUAUUUUCAUACCAUCUUAUCCUGAAAAUGUUAGUUAUUUUUCCUUUUGCUAUGACAUUUGGGAACAAUUCCAACUUGUUUUAAAACUAUUCACUGCUCAUGCUGACUGUAAGGGGCUGGAAGCUCACUCCUGGCAUAGUGCAGAGUUUUCAGGUGAUGCCACUAUCUGAAAGCUUGUAUUAAGUUAUAUACUCCUGAUACUGAGACAAAGUCAGAGAGGGUUUUGGGGACAGAGUUUUGUUAUGUAGUCUGGGUUGGCCUUUAACUUACUUUGAAGUUUAGACUGGCUUUGAAUUUGAGGUUCUGCUGCCUCAGACUCCUUAAGUGCUGAGCUUGUAGGUGUGUGUCCCUGUGCCCACCUCUGGUUCUACGCUUAAUGGUGAGGAAGAUGAUGCAGGGAAACUUUGCCAUUGCUUCAGUAUUACAUCUGUGUGUGUGUGUUAAGUGAGUAUUCCAUUAAUAAACAUACUCUGUUCCUGGACAUGUUUAUAAAGGUUUCUUUGAGGGUUAUUAGGAGUUCUCCUUGGCCUGUUUUCUAACUUUAAAUUGUUGAUUUUCUAUCACAAUUUUCAACACAAAAUGCCUUUUUAUGACUGGCUGGAAAUAGUUUUUAGGAGAUUCAUAACUGGUUGAAAGAGUCUGUUAAUGCCUUUUCUUUGUGGCUCAGGGACAUGGUAGAGGAGUCAGACCAGUGUCCCUAUGCAAGCACUAUUUUUGUGUGCACUCCUGUCACUAAGUGUAGCACAUUUAUAUGAUCAUAAUGGAGAUUUCAAAACAUUAAACAUAACUCACUUUAGGAAAAGCUAGUUGUUGCCAAGAUGUUCUUGUUUUUGUUUUGGGGGCUGUGUGUAUGCCAGAUAUUCUCUCUAUCCACCAGGUUUAACACUUUAGUGUGCAUCUUAUCAUCAAAUGGAUAAAAUCACAACUUUCUUUCACUGAGAAGUCUCUCAUGGUUUAUUACUUGCUGAUAAAUUUUGAGUAUCCCUUUUAAGAAUACCAAAAAUCUGUCUCAUAGAUGCUUGUGACAUUUCUGUCCUUCUCCCCCCACCUCCACCCCCUUCUCUUUUUCUUUUUCUAUGCAGCCCCAGCCAGAGGUUUAUGUUUGAUACCUGCUGUAUACUGGAUCAGACCUCUAAAUGGUUAUGCUUGAUUUACUUCCUCUCAUUAAGACAGACAAGCACUGUAUUUUCCUUGUAGUUUCUUUAGUACACAAACAGUGGUUGGUAUCCCACAGUGGCUGGGAUAUGCGAAUGAGAAAAAAAUUCAGUAGGUUAAUAUGAGCCCAAACAAAAGGAAAAAAAAUUCCAUCCCUCAAAAAGUGCCAUGGAAGUAUCAAAAAGACCCAUUUUGUUUGUGUAGGUUUUUUGCAAUGUAAUUGAGUAUAAUUUGAGUUUUUUAAGUCAGGUGGCCAACAUCUCUGUAUUUUGCUACCUAGCAAGUGGAGCCAAUGUGGUUUUUGUCAGGAGUGAGGCCAUAAGCAAGCCUUACUUAGCAAAGUGCAAAGUGUUACUGUCUCAUAUGGUUUGUUGUAGUGGCUACAGUUGUUUUCAUCAGGGUUGUACUGUAGCUUCAUCGUGGACACUGGUUCUCAUCUACCUUUUCAUGCUUUAGACUAAUCUAUAGGAUGUAUUAAAAGAAAAUGAGACUCUGCUUUGUAGCUAGGGAUUGCUGAGAUGGCUUUGUGCUGUAGCUCUGGGGUCAUCAUUUAUCAACAUCAGUGGGUGAUGGGUUGGUGGGUGUUUGUGGGGAUGAAUGACCGAGAUUGAACUGAUCUAUGGAUGGGAGUACCCAGACAGGAAGUGCACUUCAGCAUUUCCAGCAGCUGUACCUGAGGUCUGCUGCCAAGUCUGCUCCCCACAGAGUUUACUGUGUUUAGAAAUAGCAGGGUAUCCUAAUUCAGAUGGUUGUCCAAGGGUUUUAAAGCUGUCAUAGUGCCUUCUCUUAACACUUGCCCUCACACACUAACAGGUAAUUGGGACUUUUUUUUUUUUUUUGGUAAAUUUUGAUAGUGUCCUCUCUCACACUCUGAAAAAACCCGAUUGGGCACUGUGACUUGAAUUCCUAAAUCUUUUGUUGUUUUGUUUUGAGAAAGGGUUUCAGUGUGUAACCCUGUCUGUUCUGGAACUCACUAUGUAGACCAGGCUGGCCUUAAUUUCACAGAGAUCAACUUGUCUCUGUGAAUCCCAAAAUCUUAUACACACAGAAAACCCUAACACAUUAAUACCUAAUGAACAAAAAAGAUGGGAUCAUAACUAUGAAAGUCGUCACCUAUGUACCCCACAGCAGGAACUAGAAAGUUUUCUUAUGGGAAAGAAUUUCAUAUGCCAGAGCUGAAGUUUAAUGUUCUGACAAAGGGAAGGUCACAUUAAUGCCCAUACUUUACAGUUCAGGUGAUCAAAGUGGUUAUGAAUGUAAGCCUUACAAGAGUUAAAUCUUGAACAUACACAGUUGUUCUCAAUUUUAUUUUAAAAAUAGUUUGCUAUACUUUCUGCUAUGUCAUUGCCUUUGAAUGGCUUUAAAACUAUAAUUUUUAAAAAAGCACAACGAGAAUCAAUGAUGCUGUUUGUGUUUCACUUUUGGGUUGUACAUUUAAUGGAUUAAAGAUCACAGCACCAUAUCACCUGUGUUUGUUGUUACUGUUCUUUCUUGUGGAAGGACCUAUAGAACAGAGUAGAGAUUGGCCAGGGGAGUUGGUGACCUGGUCAGAGAUGGAACAAUGGCAAGGUAGCUCACUUUGCCUUCCACAGUGGCAUUGAGCCUGGUUAGCAGUGAGCUAGUAAAGCUGUUGUCCAAUGGCUUGAAAGCAGUGAGUAGUCAAGAGUCAAGAGCAUUGUUGUAUCUUCCAAUUGUAGUCUCAUACAGUGGGGAGGAUAGGGAGAGCUGUGCUGAAAUAUUUCCUCUCUACAGGUAACCCGGGAAGCAAUGGAGAAGUGGUACUGAGUCACUGAGUUUCUCCAAUCCUGGGAAAGGUUUGUGGGUCUUUGCUUGUUUUUUUUAUUUUUUAUUUUUUAUUUUUUUGAGUCCCUAUGUAGCCAUGUCACUCAUUAUUGGCUGGCCUCAGGAUGGAGUUCAGGCUGGCUUUGAACUCAUAGCAAUCACAAGCUUAAGAGCACUGGGAUUGGAGGAGUUUGCCAUUACACUGGGCUCUUUUUUUUUUUUUUUUCUUAGAACAUGGUCAUGGUGCAUGAUGAACAGUGCCUUGGGGAACUGUGAGAGAGUCUCCAGUAAAACAGGCAGAGAAGAGAGCCUUUUACCUCAAGUAAAUUUUGUUCCCUUGAUUGUUUAUAAAUGUGAUUUUGUGCCUCCUAUGUCAAAAAUUUGCAAUCAACUUAUAAGACAUGUUUCUUUUUGGAUGUUGGAAGAUAGCUGUAGAACCCAAUUUGGUGAAAGGAGUGCUGUCCUCAGUGUGCCCUGAGUCUGGAUAUGGCCUUCUGCUUUUCCAGAUAUAAUUUAUAGUACUCACUAGGCAAUUGUGUUAGAAUUGCUCUAUCUUGAGAAAAGUCUGUUCUGGGAAAGGGCUGCUCUGUUAAUAUUUAGUAUGUGCUUACUGGUGUUUAUUUACAUUUUUUUGAUCUUUACUGUCUUUGGAUCAUUGCUUCUUUGUUACAUUUGUGUAUAAAAUGCACUGAAACUGAAGUAAAGUUGUCUGCAGCAUUA